AUGGGUGUCACAAGGACUUACAGAUAUUCUGGGAAAAAUUUAACUAAGACCGGUCUAAUAGGCAAACCACCCAUAUCCCCAAGUCCCUUAGGACUUCUUUACCCAUUCCAGCCUUAGUGUUAAUCACUUCUCUUGACACCAAACCUCAGAUGUCGUAAAUUUCACUAAGGAGCUGCAACGAUUGCAAAGCUAUCUAGAAUUAAUGCAAGCCCAAGAGAAAGGAAAUUGAAAUGUAAACGUAUCAGUGAUGUAUCAUAAAAAUCUCGACGCGAACCCAUGCUCUUUGCUACUCGUCAGUCUUCCAUUAUCUCAAAUAGUUGUAUUGCGCAGCCUUAAAGAAGAAACUUCAUAUAAAAUAAUGCAAGGAGACAUGAACCUUUCUAGCUUUAUUGAAAAUAUCCAAUGCUUCAAGGUUAGGCAGCAAUUUAAUAUUAAUGGAAAAGAAUACGAACUCGGCGAUUUCAAAAUAAGGUUUGGGCUUGCUUUUGUAGGAAGCGAAACAAGAUACUUGGUAGCCGAAAUUGAGUUUGCCGGGAUUAAGUAUUUAUCCUAUGGGAGACCAAGCAUAUCUGAAUUUAUUGGAUAUUUGGAUCCAAAGGCGAAGCUGAAUGAAAUUGUAAUAGAGUAUCAUCAAAAGUUUGAAAUGGAUUCUGAAAAUUUUACCCCUAAGCAUUCAGCUAUAGAUAUGCUGUUGGCAUUGAAUUGCUUGAAUAUUAGAUAA